GAUCAAAUUCAAUCAUUUACUCAGACUUCGAUACGUCGUUUAGCUUUAGUAAACAUUGACCUCACAUUUCAUUGAGGGUCGAUAGUGUUUUUUAUUGUUUUUUUGUCUCUCUAUUUGAUUGAGGUCUGUUGCUGCUUCUACAAUGGCGGUUUCGAUUGGGGGACUUCCAUGGUGUGAUGUUGAACUGAAUUUGUCUUCUUAUUGCUUCCAAAGAACCGCCAUAGUUCUCAUCAAUCUAUUGUUCCUCUCCAUCUUCUACUUGUUCUUGAUAGCUGGUUGUGUUUCCAAACAUUUUAUCGUCAGGCGCCGCAAGAAAAACUGGAUCUUUGUGGCUGCAGCUAUAUUUUGUACCAUUACUAGCGUCACUUUCUUUGUUGUUGGAUUAAAGUCUCUGAUUGGUGGUUCUAAUGACGUCAACGAAAUCUCCUGGGUUGCUUGCUUUGUUGAAGGCAUCAUUUGGGUCUCACUUGCCGUUUCACUUCUUGUUAAUGGCUCAAAGUGGAUUAAUAUCUUUACAUCUGUUUGGUGGGUGUCUUUUGCUUUGUUGGAUUCAGCAGCAAAGAUUGAGAUACUUUCACAGGGAAACGGCAUCGGAGUAUUCGACAUCAUAACAUUGCUGAUGAGCCUUUUGCUUCUCCUUUGCUCCUGGAUGAAUUUGAGGUCUUCUGCAUCAGCUCAAGAUUGCAGUGAAACAGGCCUUUCUGAUCCUCUAUUAAGUGAAGAUCCUAGGAAAAACUCGGCGAGGUUAGCAACAGCUGGUUUUUUCAGCUUUCUAUCAUUCUCUUGGAUGAAUCGUUUACUCUCGUUGGGCUUCAAGAAACCAUUAUCCCCAGAUGAUAUCCCAAGUGUUGUCCCGGAGGAUGAGGCUGAAUUAGCUUACACUAAAUUUUCUCAAGCGUGGGAUGCUCUUCUCACCGAGGGAAGCUCAACAAAGGAAAGAAACUUGGUGUUUAGAGCUGUUGCAAGAGUUUACUUCAAGGAAAACAUACUCAUAGCAGUUUGUGCCUUUUUCAGAACAGUUGCAGUUGUAUCUCUUCCACUAAUGCUAUAUGUCUUUGUGGAUUAUGCAAACAGUGACCACAGGGAUCUCCGCAAUGGGUUCUUGAACUUAGCUUGUCUAGUUAUGCUGAAGCUUGUUGAAUCCUUGUCUAUGAGACAUUGGUAUUUUGCAGCAAGAAGAUCUGGGAUGAGGAUUAGAUCAGCGUUAAUGGUCGCUGCAUACAAAAAGCAGCUAAAGCUAUCAAGCUUGGGGAGGAAAAGACAUUCAUCUGGAGAGAUUGUGAAUUAUAUCGCGGUGGAUGCAUAUCGAAUGGGAGAAUUCUUGUGGUGGUUUCACUCGGGAUGGAGCCUUACGCUUCAGCUUUUGCUUUCUACAGCUGUGCUUUUUGGAGUGGUUGGAGCAGGUGCUUUUCCGGGUUUGAUUCUUCUUCUCCUGUGUGGUCUCCUUAAUCUACCAUUUGCAAAGAUGCUGCAGAACUGCCAGACCCAGUUCAUGAUUGCGCAGGAUAAGCGAUUGAGGUCCACCUCAGAGAUUCUUAACAGUAUGAAAGUCAUUAAGUUGCAGUCAUGGGAAGAGGAGUUUAAGAAACAGAUAGAGUCUUCUCGUGCUGAAGAAUUUAAAUGGUUGGCUAAGACUCAGCUGACAAAGGCCUUUGGUACUUUUCUGUAUUGGAUGUCUCCAACAAUAGUUUCUUCUGUUAUUUUUGUUGGAUGUGCUCUAUUGAAGAGCGCACCAUUGAACGCAAGCACCAUCUUCACGGUUUUAGCUACGCUAAGAGUUAUGUCAGAACCUGUUAGAAUUAUACCUGAGGCAAUUUCAUCUGUUAUCCAAGUCAAUGUCUCAUUCGAUAGAAUUAACAACUUUUUGCUGGACGACGAGCUAAAGAUUGAUGAAAUUGAAAGAAGUGGCCUGGAGAAAUCUGGAACAGCAGUUGACAUACAAGCAGGUAACUUCAGUUGGGAUCCAGAAACUAAGACUCCAACUCUUCAGAAUAUAAAUUUGGAAAUCAAGCGUGGGCAAAAAGUUGCGGUUUGUGGACCAGUUGGGGCAGGAAAAUCAUCGUUGUUGCAUGCAGUACUCGGAGAAAUACCUAAAGUUUCUGGAACUGUAAAGGUAUCUGGGUCAAUCGCUUAUGUUUCUCAGACCUCUUGGAUCCAAAGUGGUACCAUCCGGGACAAUAUCCUCUAUGGAAAGUCCAUGGAAACUAGACGAUACAAUGCUGCUAUCAAAGCAUGUGCGUUGGAUAAGGAUAUAAAGGAUCUUGCACAUGGUGACCUCACGGAAAUUGGACAGAGAGGGCUUAACUUGAGCGGAGGACAAAAGCAAAGGAUUCAGCUGGCCCGUGCUGUCUAUGCAGACGCUGAUGUUUACCUCCUUGAUGAUCCGUUUAGUGCCGUGGAUGCACAUACAGCUGGAGUUCUUUUUCAUAAAUGUGUUGAGGACUCGCUGAGGGAGAAAAUUGUCAUUCUGGUCACUCACCAAGUCGAGUUUCUCUCAGAAGUUGAUCAAAUUUUGGUUAUGGAAGAAGGAAAAAUCACUCAGUUAGGAAAGUAUGAGGAGCUCUUAAUGAUGGGGACUGCGUUCAAACAGCUGGUGAAUGCUCAUAAUGAUGCAGUAACCGUGUUACCUUUAGCUAGUAAUGAAAGCCUAGGAGAUCUUACGAAAGUAGGUAGAGACAGAGAGAUGGGAAACAUCGAAAAAGUCGUUGAAGAGACCGUAACAACAGAUAUUCCAGGGGUACAACUUACACAGGAAGAAGAGAAGGAGUCGGGUUAUGUAGGGUUGAAACCUUUCUUGGACUAUUUCCGUGUCUCUCGAGGAUGGUUUCUUCUAUGGUUAAGCGUAUUGGGUCAGGUUGGCUUUGUAGUUUUUCAGGCUGCAUCAACAUACUGGCUGGCUUACGGCAUUGGGAUCCCUAAACUCACUGCUACAAUGCUUAUUGGAGUCUAUAGCAUUAUCUCAGCUCUAAGUGCUGGUUUUGUAUACAUGAGAUCUCUUACGACUGCCCAUCUUGGACUAAAAGCUUCCAAAGCUUUCUUCUCUGGUUUCACAAAUGCAGUCUUCAAAGCCCCGAUGCUUUUCUUCGAUUCUACUCCAGUUGGACGCAUUCUCACCCGAGCAUCAUCUGAUUUGAACGUCUUGGACUUUGACAUUCCAUUUGCAUUCAUAUUUGUGGUAGCACCAGCUGUUGAGCUCACUGCAGCUCUAUUCGUCAUGACAUAUGUGACAUGGCAAGUAAUAAUCAUUGCUCUUCUUGCUUUGGCGGCCACGAAAGUUGUUCAGGAUUACUAUUUGGCCUCUGCAAGGGAGCUGAUUAGGAUCAACGGAACAACCAAAGCUCCAGUGAUGAAUUAUGCUGCAGAAACCUCACUUGGAGUGGUGACAAUACGAGCUUUUGGAACGGUAGACAGAUUCUUUAAAAACUACCUAAACCUAGUCGAUGCAGAUGCCGUGCUAUUCUUUCUGUCUAAUGCAGCCAUGGAGUGGGUCAUAAUGAGGAUAGAGGCUCUGCAGAAUGUGACUUUAUUCACCUGUGCACUCCUGCUUAUCCUUAUUCCCAAGGGCUACAUAGCUCCAGGUCUAGUCGGGCUUUCACUCUCCUAUGCAUUAACAUUGACACAAACUCAGGUGUUUUUAACCCGAUGGUAUUGUACGUUAUCGAAUUCCAUCGUCUCGGUGGAGAGGAUAAAACAGUAUAUGAGCAUACCAGCAGAACCUCCUGCAGUUGUGGAUGAUAGAAGACCACCUUCCUCAUGGCCUUCCAAUGGUACAAUUCACUUGCAGGAACUUAAAAUAAGAUAUCGCCCCAAUGCUCCAUUGGUUCUCAAGGGAAUCUCUUGCACGUUUAGGGAAGGGACAAGAGUAGGAGUUGUCGGGAGGACGGGAAGUGGGAAAAGCACUUUGAUCAGUGCUUUGUUUCGCUUGGUAGAACCAGCAAGUGGUUGCAUAUUGAUUGAUGGUAUUGACAUAAGUAAGAUUGGCCUAAAAGACUUGAGAAUGAAACUCAGCAUCAUUCCUCAAGAACCAACUCUUUUCCGUGGUUGCAUAAGGACCAAUCUUGAUCCUCUAGGUGUUUACUCCGACGAUGAAAUAUGGAAGGCGCUCGAGAAGUGUCAGCUUAAGGCCACGAUUAGCAAUCUACCUAAUAAACUUGAUUCUUCAGUGAGUGAUGAAGGAGAGAACUGGAGCGUGGGACAGAGACAACUGUUCUGUCUUGGAAGAGUACUGUUGAAGAGAAACAAAAUAUUAGUAUUAGAUGAAGCUACAGCGUCCAUUGAUUCAGCAACUGAUGCAAUCAUCCAGAGAAUCAUAAGAGAGGAGUUUGCAGACUGCACGGUGAUAACAGUUGCUCAUAGAGUACCAACGGUCAUAGACAGUGACAUGGUCAUGGUUCUCUCCUUUGGUGAACUUGUGGAGUACAAUGAGCCUUCAAAGCUGAUGGAGACUGAUUCUUACUUCUCCAAGCUUGUUGCUGAGUAUUGGGCAAGUUGCAGAGGAAAUUCUUCUCAGAAUCUUCAAGUCCACAGCUAAGUGUAGGUUUCAUAAACUAUGAUUCUCCAAUAAGAGGCGACAUCAUCAGAUCAUAGUAGCUGUACUGAAACCGUAAAUGUCAGAGAUUGCAUGUAAUUCACAUGAUGUUGAUCUUCCAUUGUAAUCUUGAGAAAGAAAUAAAAAAAAGUAUUAUAUAUUCAUUAUUUAUCUUCUUC